UUUUACGUUGUGUCUUCCAUAGGAUUAGGAUGCUAGUUUUAGUCAUUUAUCCUCUGUAAAAAUUAAUUAAUAUAAAACAAAUAUUUGACUUUGAGCCUGCCUGUUUAGAAUAAUAAAUUGUAUAACAUGAGUAAUUCAAAGCCAAACGAGAAAAGCUGUAUACUGGAAACACACAGAGCUGUUUUACAGCAACAGGCCAGUUCAGAGAGUUUUGCUCAAAAUGGAGUUGACAGAGACACGGACCAGUUGUUUGAGCUGGAUAGCAGGGAGAAGACAGGGCUCAAACAAGCAAGUUUCAACUAUAUUAAUUCCAUUGUAGGCAGUGGAAUUAUCGGUAUCCCUUAUGCCUUCCAGCAGGCAGGGUUCGGGUUAGGAAUAUUGCUGCUGGCCCUGGUCGCCUGGGUCACAGACUAUUCCCUGAGACUGAUGGUUCAAUCGGCUCACGUCAGCGGGACUUUCUCCUACUCUGGCAUCAUGGCUGCUGCGUUCGGCUCUACAGGCUUCUAUCUCCUAUCAACAUUGCAGUUCAUGUAUCCGUUUAUUGCCAUGGUCAGCUACAAUGUUGUGGUAGGAGACACUGUCACUAAGGUACUGGUGCGGAUGUUUGGACUGUCUCCAACGGCUCUCCUGGCUCGCAGAGACUUUGUCGUGCUGCUCUGUGCAUUCACUGUAGUCAUCCCUCUUUGUCUGCAGAAAGAUAUGGCUCGGUUGGCGAGGGCUUCAUUGGUGUCUCUCUUCUUUGUAGUCUUCAUUCUUACAGCUGUCUUGUUGAGGUUCUUUACAUUCUUCAGCUUACCUCCAACAGAGGAUGCAUUUCAGUUUUAUAACUCUGGAGUUAUCCCUGCUAUUGGCGUCAUGGCUUUUGCAUUCAUGUGUCACCACAAUGUCUUUCUGCUGUACUCAUCUAUAGAGGGUGCAUCUCAGGAGAAGUGGGACAAAGUGACUCACUUCUCAGUCUCUGCAUCGUUCAUUGUGACUGUUGCGUUUGGACUUGUCGGCUAUAUCACCUUCACUGGCUAUGUUCAAGGAGAUCUCUUGGAAAACUAUUGCUGGAACGAUGACCUGAUGAACCUCGCGAGAGUUGUAUUCAGUGCCACCAUUCUGCUGACGUUUCCCAUCGAAUGUCUGGUUACACGGGCUGUGGUGGAGGCGGUGUGGCAACGGUUGGAUACGCCACGUAGUUACACAGCUGUCACCAUUGCCAUCGUCAUGGGCGCAUAUGUCCUCUCUGUUAGCACUGAUUGUCUCGGGAUCGUGCUGGAGCUGAAUGGCGUGUUGGCAGCAGUGCCUCUAGCCUUUGUGCUACCUGCCGCCACAUACCUGAAGCUGUGCCCAGGUAGCCUUUUGUCUCGUGAGAAGUUGCCCGCCCUGGGUCUGGCUGUGUUUGGAAUGGUGGUAGCACUGACUGGGCUGUACAUGGUAGUCACUAGUCAAACGGAGGAUCACUGCAGCCAUGGUCGUAUCAUGCCUUACUGCAACACCACUUCCUACCCUUAAACCUACUACAACCUUUCGUACCUGUGAACAACUUCUAGGAAAAGGCUGAGUAAAUAUAACAUUUUUCUUAACUAGUUACUGUACUAACAAUAAAAAAUUUAAGACAUGAUUUAUAUGUUUGGUCUAUAGGCUUAAAUUGAGGAUUGAUAAGUUAUUGAGUAUCCUAUUGAAGUUUUUAAUUAUGUUUUAGCAAAGUUUUGUAUGUUUUAUUCGGUUAGUCUAAUAAGUUCUACCGUAAUGAUGUUGUGGGCAAAGCCUCUUACAAAAUAUUUUAAUAGGACUAAAAUACUGUCUUAUAUAUUGAACUGAAAUGUUGGUAUGCUAGUAUAAUUAUUUUACAUGAAAAUAACACAGAUCUAUAUAUUUUGUAUCGUAAAAUAAUUAUUAGGAAUCUUAUAUUUUUAGCUAGUAUGACUUUUAAAAUUGAUAAAUUAUUGUAGGAUUGAAAUUUAAAUAAUCUGUACUUUCCUGCCUAAUGUACUAUUAGUUACAAAACUUGAAUUCAACUUGCACUAUUUUAAAAUUGUAUAGAGGACUGUUGUGUUAAAAAUUUAAUAUUAUUCAUAGUCAAGGUUCCUGCACACAAUAUAAGGACCAUAUAGUCCACCGGAUUGAAAAAUAUAUCCAGUGGCCUGGUAGUGUAAUGAAUAGGCCUCAUAGCCGGUUUGAUACCAUUUCGACGAGAUUAGGUUAGAAGUGCUAACUGCUGUACUUUGUUUUUUUUUUUAAUAUACAUAGUGUUAUUGUAUUUUUAUAAUUUUUUAGAUCCAUUCUUAUUAUAUUUGUGAUUGUCAUUUGGUUUGUAUUUUAAUUCAUUCACUAAAUUCUUAUGGGUAAGAACAAUCUUUAUCCAGACCCAGGGUUGCUUCUAGAACAGGUGGCACCGGGAUUAUCAUAACUACAAUUCUCCCCCCUCCCCCUUUUGAACAACCCUGUCCAAACCAAUCACUAACUUUUAUUUUUUCUUCUUCUGUUUAUUUGCCUUGCAGUAUAUAAUUCUUAAGCCACUUACAACUAAUUGCUUUAGUGAUAACAAAAUUCCGCACUAUGUACAAAACUUAACAACUGUACAAACAACGCAUUACUCAAUCUAUACAGCUCAAAUCAGUUGAUUUGAUCUACAAAGAUUAACAAAGGAAGAGAUUUAAAAGGACAGAAAGACUCAAACUCUAACUGAGAUUGAACAAUGCAGUCAAUAAAUAGUCCACCAAGUAGAGUAACUGACAUUUAUGUAUGUCCUUAAGUUUUUAUUUGGAUUUUAGUUACCACGAGGCGGAAUAUCCAGCAGUCUGCAAGGUGGCCUUAUAUUUUAUUUUCAUCUAAUAUUUUAUGUAAAAAAGUAAGGAAUUUAUUCACUUCAAUUAUUAAUUACUAAUUUUAAUUAGUAUACAAUUAUUGUAUCUAUUUAUCAUCUUAAAAAACAAGGUUUUGUGAUAAUUUAGUGACCUUUGUAGGUUUCCUUCAUUUGUAGUAUAGUAUUAAGUCUUUAGUAUAGUAUUUUUAGUUUCAUUAGAUUUUAUAUAAAUAUUUUCAUACAAAGUUGAGGCAUUAGUUUUUUAAUGGUCUUAAAACAUUUUAGAACAUUACAACAUUACUUAGUAAAUCUUCAGGGUGAUUUAACUAAUUAUUAACAAAUAUUUAAAUGUUGUAGCUCUCUUUUAAUAACUAUUUCUUAAGAUCAGACAAAAGACAAUAUAUUGUUAUUUUGUAGUAGACACUCAGUGUACAAAUAAAACUGUGAUUUAUUUUAUCUGGUAUGUUUUUGUUUAAGAUAAUAGGGAAUUAAUGCUCUAUAUUCCUUAUCAAUUAGACUUAAUUUUCCACUCUCUUUGAUAUUACAACUUUAUUGCACUAAUAAAGAAAAUUUUGCUGUUGUUUAUCCAAUUUUUCAGCAUUUUCUUGUUCACCAUCAAAUCACAAUGUACUCAUACAUUCCAAGUAGUUCCAAGUGCUAGAUGGACUGAGUGAGGUUGGAAAGAAGUUAAAUUUGAAUUGAAAAUUAAAUGGAGCAUAACUAUAUCACACCAAUACUUGCCUUACUGUAUUUGUUGGUUUUUUGUUCAAAUAACAGUCUGGAUACUUUCAAGCUUCGUUCGUUGUAAUAACAACAACAUUCUGUUGAAUCUACAGUCAAAAUAUCACUUAUUUGAUUUAAACAGAAAAUGUUCUACAUAAUGUGAUUUUAGUUAGUUAAACAUCAUCGUGAGGGUUUUAUAUUAUAACUCAUUAUUUACUUCAUUGUAAUUGGUAAAUAAUUUGUUACAUUGUUACUAAAUGUUGUAUUAAUUAAUGAAUAAGUUGAACGUUCAAUUUGUUGUAUUUUACUGUAUGAUAUUACUCACAUUUUAUAAUACGAUAUUAUUGAAAUCAUUAAUAAUAUUUUGUAAUGUAAUAUAAAUAUGGUUGUCCCACCUGCUGUCUGUGUUAAGGCUAGAGUUGGCUUGCGAGUAUAUGUUAAAGUAGAGCACCGGUAAUUCAAUUGCUGAAAAUUAAAAGAACUUAUAUGUACAACCAUGAGUAUGUACUUAUGAUAAUAUUUAAUAUUGGACUUUGUACUUAUCCUAUAGAUAAUAUAGAACAAUUGGAAGAAGCACUGUAAUAUUAAGAGGUAGCUGUUCUGGCUUGGUUUUAACCCCAUAAGAACGAUAUUAAACACAUUUUCACAUCCUUAUUUUUAAUUGUAGGAUUAUAAGAGGUAUCUCCUUUCAAAGAUAAUAUUAAAUCGCAUCCAAAAGCUUUUGAAUGAAAAAAAAAUUAUCGGUUAUUCAUUAAAGAGUCCUCACAUGUUUGUAUACUUUAAAGUUUAGUUAUUCAAAAAGUAUACAUUUUAGAAGAAAUACAAAAAAGCGCUUGGAUGCAUGUUUGUCAUAUUUUAAAAAUUAGACACAUUCUAUAACUCUACAACCAAAAUAAUACUGUUUUGUUUUGAGUCUUAGGAUUAUUCUUAUGGGAUAAAAUUCAAAGCCGUUUCAUUAAAGCUGGCUCUUAAUUUAGUAUUUUUAAAACUAUUUUGUUAAUAAUAUAUAAGUUAAUAUAUUGUAAAAGGAUUGUAGAGUUGUAAAUGACACGUGACAUUGUGAUGUUUCUUAGACUGAACUCUCAUUUUGAGAACUGAUAUCUGGUCUUUUUCGAGGAAAUAAUGCCUAAAUAUAAGUUAAACAUGUAGAAAAUACGUAAAUCAAAAGAAAUCAGCAAAUAAAUACACCAAAGUAAAGUAACACACAAAAGAAAUUUUAUGUGCCUAAUCCACAACCUGAAAUCAAACAAUGUUGUUGUUUCUGUUUUAUGUUGUUGAGUAAAGAAAUUUGUUAAUGUUUUGUUUUAUCUUAUAAUCUUAGUUUGUUACACAUGUUAUUUGUUGUGAAGCUUGACUUCGACACUUUUCAAAAAUUUGAUUCUUAAUUUUGUGUAAAAUUCGUAUAAUGAUAGAUUUUUGCUUGGGAAGUGGUGGUUGGUAGUGAAUCUGAAGUAGGCACUUUGUAAAGUAUAUUAUGCAAUUUUGAACCAAGACAACACGAGUACAAGAAUAGAGAAUCAGUUACAUAUCAUGAUGUAACAUGAGCUCAUCUAUUUUAUCACUUGUUUUUUGUUUUUAACUGUAAAAUAAAUUGUUUAAUUCUUCUUAGUUAAAUUUGUUUUCAAAUAUUGGAAAUUUGAGGCCUAAUAGUCAUAAUAGUGCUGUUUAAGGUUAAAACUGAUACCUUAUUACACGAAAAUAAAGAAUGUUUUAUUUAUUUUAAAAUAAAAGGGUCCAUAUUGAACACAGUAAUGUAGCACAACAUCAAUUAUAAUAAUAUUUUUUGUACAUAAUUAUCUUGAUCUGAAAUUAUAACUUCCACUUAAAAAAAAUUUAAAUUAGAUUCACGGAUUUUUUAAAAACUUUCUUGUUCCUAGAAAAUGUUAAACAAAUGUCCUUAUUUACGUUUAAAAUACAUUCAACUGUAAAAGUAUACCUCAUAUUAGUUUACAUCUAUGGUGUAUAUUGUAUAAAGUUAAUUUUAUGACAUUUAAUUUGAUACAAUUUACUGAAUUUUAGAAAAACAUGUUUAUAGAUGAUCAUCUUUUUCAUGUAGGCUAAUACUCUGAGACCGAGUCUGUGGUUUUAAAAACCUUUCUUGCAUUUUCUGCAUGUGUAAAAGUUGAGUUUUGGAUUUUGUGUUAUAAGAAGAGAUAAGAUAUCAGUUCUCAUAACUUUGUGUUACAAUUUUGUUGUAACAUGGUACAGUAACAAUGAAAAACAUUCACAACUAUAAUUUUAAUCGGUGUGAGGGAUAGAUUCCAAAAUGCAAUUAGUAUUCUAGUCCAGUAUACUCUAGGUUGUCAUUAUGGUUGUGUUAAACACUUCUGUAUGUGGUUAAUUAAUGAACAAUAUUAUAUAUUCUUAUGAAUUUUCUUUCUGUGUACAGUAUUUUAUCUUUUCAUGAUUAUUAUUUGUCUCUUAAACUAAUUUAGCUCUUAGAAAUGAGAGCAAAACUUUUGUUUGUAUUAAAAUGGCCGUUUAAAAAUAUAUUUGUGAAAUUGUACUAAAUAUGAUGUUGCAGUAAUAAAAUGACUAGAGUUACAGAGAUAAACUACAAAACAUCAAAAAGUUUGGACGUUAUUUAUUAGGUGCAUAACAACUGAAUGUGUACUUUUAUUGGAACAAAAUAUUUUACGAUUAUACACCAAAUAAUUGUGGUUGUACCAGAACAUGAAAAUUCAUGUACAGAGUUUUGAUUUAAAAACGUAAGAAAUGAAAAUGUUUUUUGUGGAAUAUUAAAAACAUUAGUCAUUUUUGUUAUUGCUAGUGCCAUUUUUGGGAAAUAAGGCAGAAAAAUUAUUUGGCAGUUGCAGUUUUCAAAGCAGUAAAGAUAUGUUUUGAAAUUUGAAAUUUUUGUUAUGCAACUAUUGAAUAUUACACUUUAUUAUAUAAAAGUCAGCUGUGGACUUUGAAUUUUGUAAGAACAUUUUCAACCCUCAAACAUGUAUUAAAACCUUCUUUUUAUUUUUAUUUUCAAAAUUAUGAUUGUGAUUUGAAGAUAUGAUUGUUACACAAUCAAACUCUAUUCAGUUUUUUUGUGAAAUGUGUACUUUUUCACUUUCAAACAAAGUGCAAACAAGUUUGAAAUGUUUAUUUAAAAAAAUAAUAAAAAUGUAAAAAAAACCAAAUGUGUUUGGAAACAUUUUACAUAAUUCUACGACUAUGAAUAAUAAAAAGAUUUUAAUUUUAAAAUUGUUUUUAUGGCGCUGCCAUUGUUAAUCAAAGUUAUCACUAGUAAAACUAGGUCUUAAACGAUUGAGUUUGGAUUUUGAAUACUUAGACAGACAGGUAGGAAACUAAGUAAGGUAGGACUUAUCUCAGUAACUUUACUCUUUAUUUUUGUUUAACACCUUGACUGCAGCUCUGUACUGAGUGGUCUAACAUCACAGCACGCACACUGCGAUGUCUGCGCAGUCAUCGUGUUCAAGCAUCACUGAAUGAAGUUCAUAACUUUACAAAAUUACUCUGUGAACGUUUGUGGUAUCUAAUUGAUUAUUGUUUAGUGUAACAAUAUAUUUUGUUACGAUGAGUGUACGUUACUCUUGUAUUGUUGUGUAGUUUGUAUUGCGUUUUUGUAAGUACGAGACGGGAAAUGCACUUGAUUACUCUUGUGUUGCCUUAUUAUUGAGUAAGUAAGUUGUGCCUCAACGACAGUAUAUAUUAGUUGCAACGAUUAAAAUUUUAUCGUAUAGUUUGAUGGAGAUUUUAUUUGGUAGAUUCUGUUUGUUUUUAAUUAUUAACAUAUUUUAGUGUUUGUAAAUUGUAAGUAAAGUGUAUUAUACUUGUUAUAUUUUCGGUUAGGAUUUUAAGUUUUGGUCGGAUUUAUAAAUUGUUAUUGUACUUAAAUUAAUUAAUCAAAAUGAUGUGUCAUUUUAGUGUUAGCAACACCUAAUUUAGGAUUCAUAGUGCCAAAAUAAACGAAUGAACCCCCCCCUCCCAAUCAUAAUUAAGGUUAGAGUGCUCAGUUGUGAUAUCUCAUCUAUUUGUACUAUACUGAUGUGAUAAUCUAGGUUAACUGAGGGAUCAAAAUAGAACUCUCCAAUCUUCCAAGUUUGAUUUGUUUUCUUUUUUGAAGGUUGUAGAGCUAGUCCAGGGUAAGGAAUUUUUAAUACGUUAACCAGCCAAAAAUAAAGUUCUAGUCAUUAGAGUGGUCGCUAUUGAAUCUUUAAGCUAUUAGCUUUGUUUUGCUUUUCUAGUUUUGUUCAAAAACGCCAAACGGGUAAAUUGUAAUUAACGUUUUGGUCACAUUGUUUUGUUUUCAUCUAAUUGGGUGAAUUGAGCGAGAUGACUUAAUAGAUAAUAAAUCAGGUUGAAUCAAACUCAAUAAAUGUCAAAAAUGUUCACUUAUAUGUCUAAAUACAUGUUUUUGGAAAAAACUAAUAAGUUUGUUUAAAAAAUUACAAAUUUGAUCACUUUAACACUAUGAUUUCAAAUAAACGUUGUUGUACUAAGUAAUUGCAAUAUUAUUAGGGAGAAUAAUUUUUGCUGGUCUUACAUUACUUUUUUGAAUGUAAAUUUAUUCUUUGUCAUAAGAUCUUCUUAUCAUGUAUGCUACUAAUGAACUGACAAUAAUUUCUAACCACGUAUUUGAGUUUCAGGUUGGAUUUGUAAUAAUAACUCUUUUUACAGUGCUGUCACUAUACAUAAGUUGUAGCAUUUAGUAUUAUUAUAGUUUAGUGAACAAGUGGUUGAUAUAGUUAAGACUGCUCUGAGAGUACAUUCCUGUUAGUUGUAAAAAAUCCAGUACAUAAAGACAUUUUAUAUUACACCUUGAAGUUACAGCAAUCAUCCACUUUCCUACAUAUAUGCCUCCUGUAUAAAACAGUUAAAGCCAUAUCGAGACUCACGAGUUUUUCAAUGCCUUCAUUAUAAAAUUCUGCCAUGUAUGAGUUUGACAUGCUUGAUACAUUCCUUCAAUCAUCACAGUUUUGAACUUCUCUGACCCUAGCUAAUUCUCCCAUCUAUCUAAGCUUCAUAUAGAUCAAAACUUACUUGCUGAGUAGUAUUUGUGUCAUACACGUAUCUCGAAAAAGGCAAUAAUAUGUGCUCUAAUACUGGCUUGAGGCUGACUUAAUAUGGGUGACAAUAACAGUAGGGAAAUACAACCUGUAGGGAUAGCCUGAACACAGAGCUUUAACGCCAUCAUCAUCUUUUUCUAACUAAGGAUCAUCUAAUAGCACAAGGUCUACUUAGUAUCAUUUUCUUUUCUAUCAUCCUCAGCCGAUCCUUCGUCUGCAUACCUUCAUUUACCUCCAACUUAAACCAACUAUGCCUAGUUCAUUCUCUUGGUCUCCCUCUUUAUAUACAUGUAUCAUAUUUCCUUAGCACCUUUGUUCUCCCAUACUUUGGACCAAGUCACUUCCUUUCAACCCUUUGUAUCACUAGGUCUUCACCAACUAUUCUUCAUGUGACUUUGUUACUUAUUCUGUCUGUUCUUGUCAAUCCAGUGCUGCUCCUCAAAUAAGUCAAUACGUGCUCACACUCUUCGUCCCAUUUUCCGAGCCAGUUUCAUACAAUAGUAUAGAUCUCAUCACUUUUACGUCCAAGUGGUACAUCCUUAUUCACUAUGCUUCCUAUUACUUUUCCAGUCAUGAAUUCUGCUUUUUUUUCUUGUUCAUUUACUACUUUACUAAACCUACCACCCUUCUGUGUCGUAUUCGCUUGGUAUUUUGCAACACUCUACUCUACUCAAGACUGGUUACACUUCAAAUUAAACCUCAAUGAUUCACAUACUUUUUGAAUUUUUUCAAAACCGUAUCGUUGUUUAUGUAAAAAUAUUGUUUUCAAAUAAAUAAUUAAAAUAAAGUGUAAAUUUUAAUGUAAGUACAUUUUCAAAGUCAUUGCUUAAUAUUUAGAGAAACAAAUAUUCUAGACCGUAAUGAAAGAAUAAAGUUUAAUUUAAAAUUAAAAUGGUAUAAUUUAGUUACAUCUUAGACUAUUAUCUUCAGGUUGAGGGCAGGAGUUGAUUUCAAUUUUAAUCCCUUAACUGCAAUACUAGGUUUGAGACCGGUGAAUCAGCUUUGUAUGUAACAAUAACCUAUCUGUACGCUAUGCCUGAAAUUCAAUAAACCAGAGACUAGCUUGAACUGAAAUAACUCAACAAUAUCAUUAUUUGAAUUGCUACUGCAUUGCAGUUGGUAAGUAUGAAACUAUAAACAAAAUAUAUGGUCAGUUUUCGUAACGGGAAAACACUCAUAGCGUGUUCACUGUGUGUUUUAAUUAAGCAGUAUGACAACAGUUUUGAAUAGUUUGACGAUUUGGAUGGGUCCAAUUAACUGCUACAUCUCUAAUGGCAAAUUCACAAAAAUUUAGCAAACAUUUCUACUACAUUAUAACUAUAAAACAAUAGCAUUACCAACAUUGUAAAUAAUUUUACAUGAUUAAAAAAUAAACUCGAAGAGAGUUACUACACACAGCUACAAAAAUUGAAACUUAAGGGGUUAAGUCAGGUAAAAUAUAUGAAACUAAAUAAAAAAUAUUAUAUAUAUAUAUAUAUAUAUAUAUAUAUAUAUAUAUACAAUUAUUAUGAUUCUUUCUCCAUUAACCAAUACUUACAGUAGAUAAAAUAAAUAUUAUUGAAAUGUUAAGUAGUUUAAAAAUAAUUAAUAAUGGUUUAUAUAUAAUUAGUAUAUAAUUAUGAUCAGAUAUUGUUUAGACAUGAUAAUGUCAUGUGUGAUAUUAACUUUUAUUUAAUUUAACUAAAUAAUUUUUACUUCCAUCGCUACUAAUUAUUUUGCUCUUUGAAAAACAUGUGCAAUAUUUUUUCAACCUCUUGUAAAGUUACUAUUAUGAGGACCAAUAGGUAUAAUGGGAACAUAAUACUGUAGUGUAUAAGUAAAUGCUAACAAUCAUUCCUAGACUAUUUACUGUAUAUAAUAUAUAUAUAGUUGCACAAAAGUAUUUUUAAUAUUGACACGAAAUGGUUUCGUAUACAGCCAUAUGCGAGCCAUGUCUCUGUGUAAGCAUUUGACACCAAACAUGAUUUACAUAAGUUAGUGUUAGCUUGUUGUUCUAUCGAUGAUAGUGAUUGUGUUGUGAAACAGUUUAUUGUUACGCUUUAUUGAUUUUGUCUAUUAAACAAAUAAAAAAGA